UUGGGCUCAGGGUUCAAGCAUUUCGGUCAAAGCGACCGCUGCUCUGCGGCCUGCCCGCUCUGCGCCCGCCCCCCGCGGCAUCUGCUGGGCGCGAGGGCCCCGAUGGCGCGCGCAGGCAGCCGCGGCUCGCCCCUGCUCGCGGUGUGCGCCCUCGCCGCGCUGGCGGGCGCGCUGCUCUCCUGCGGGAGGCCCUUCCUCGCCCCGCCGGCCCUGCGCGCGCAGGGCGCGCGGGCGGGCGGCCCGGUCGCGGGGCAGGCGGCGGCCGACGCCCACCAGGGGCCCCGCACCGCCAUGCGGUUCUUCGGCGAGACGCCGCCGCCGCCGAAGCCGAAGGAGAAGCCCUUCAAGCUCCCGCCCUUCUUCACCACCCUCGCGUCCCUGGCCGUGGUCCUCGGCGGGUGCGCCUACUUCCUCAACAACGCCUAG